CCUCUCCGCGGCAGCCUGAAAGCUCGUCUUCGACUUUCUUCAUUUCCCGGUUGCUUGCAAAUCGGAGAAAAAUGGCGUGCUCCACCUCCGCCGCUUUACUAUCUCUUCCAUUAUCGUUUCAGAGACCUUCUCCUCGCCAGUUUCUUUCUCUAUUUCAUCACAGAUAUGAUUCUUUCAACUACCCAAAGUUUUGGGUUCAGAGACGGCUCCUGGUUCCUGUCUUUUGCUUGUCCGGGGGAACUAAUCAGGAUACUGAGCCGGAAGCUGAUACUACUCCCUUGGAUUCUUCUUCAUCAUUCUCUCCCUCAAUUUCGAGUAAUUCGACGUAUAAUCUCUGUGCUGCGUUGGGCGGGAUUGGAUUCGUUGAAACCGCGUACUUGAGCUACCUCAAGCUCGCGAAUGCAGCUGCUUUUUGCCCAAUCGGUGGCGGAAGCUGCGACGACGUUCUCAACAGUGAAUAUGCCGCCGUUUUUGGUGUACCACUGCCCUUGAUUGGAAUGGUUGCGUAUGGCUUAGUAGGAGCAAUUAGUUUGCAGUUGGCAGCGAAGAAAUUGCCCUUUGGUAUUGAUGAAUCUGAUGGUCGUUUAGUCCUGCUUGGGACUACUACCUCUAUGGCAGCUGCCAGUGCAUACUUUCUAUACGUUUUGAGCUCAAAAUUUUCGGGAGUGUCAUGCUCGUAUUGCCUAAUAUCUGCUCUGUUGUCAUCCAGUUUGUUCUUUGCCACAGUGAAGGAAUUUGGAUUUCAAGAGAUUACGAGGCGAGUGGGCUUUCAGAUAUUUGUUGCUAGCUUGGUUUUCGUCACCCUUUCUGCCUCAUAUAAUAGUUCCUUUCCUGUUUCUCAAAGUGCGGCUGAACUUGACCUUCCAUACUAUCAAGUUGAGAUAGCAAAACCGUCGAGCCCUUUGGCUAUUUCCCUUGCGAGGCAUCUGCAGUCCAUCGGGGCCAAAAUGUAUGGAGCUUUUUGGUGUUCACAUUGUUUAGAACAAAAAGAGAUGUUUGGACGUGAGGCAGCAAAAAUAUUAGACUACGUAGAGUGUUUCCCUAAUGGAUAUCACAAAGGCACUAAAAUAGAGAAAGCUUGUACAGAAGCUGGAAUUGAAGGCUUCCCAAGUUGGGUGAUUAACGGUCAGGUUUUGAGUGGAGAGAAAGAGCUGUCAGAGCUGGCAGAAAUUUCAGGAUUCGAGCUCGAUGGGAUAAGUUGAAAGAAAACAUCCUUUAACAUUUGGUAUUAGUUAAUGAGUUUGAGUCGUUCAUGUACAGAUUAUUGUAUAUAAAUAUUCUAAAUCCUAAUCCUUUUGUGACAUGAUUAUUAUACCCAGCAAAGAGUUUAAUCCUAA